AUGAAUGGCGAAACGAUCGCCAUUCUCAUCCUUUUUAACUUUCACUGCCGAGUUCAGCUCAACGACGAGGCUCUUGUUGCCCGCAAGAAGCUACUCCUGUUCCUCAUGGACAAGAUCUACCAGACACGCCCGCCUACACCCUCAUAUGUGGCGUUUGCAGACGAGUUAAGGGCUACGAUGGAAGGAGCCGAGGACGACGCUCGUAUCAUGACCGAGUACCUUGAGAGCAUGCUCGAUCUGCUUCAUGUUCCGGAUGGGUUGACCAAGCUGUUCAACGAGAAGCUCAAUCGUAUCAUGCCGAGCUACGAGCCUAUGGGCAUGCUAAAUGCCACCGACAUCUUCUUCGAGCGACGGUCUUUCUUCGGCCUCUACUUCCGUCGCAUCAAGCUCAUCUUCGACAGCCUCGAUCUGCAGGCGAGAGAUCAAUUGACGACAAGCGCGCGCGCAUGGAGACAGGGGCUCUCACGUAGAUCCGACGGGUUCAGUGCGGUCGACCUCACCUCGCUAGACCUACCCGAUGCGAGACUUGCCGCAUUUCGAGACUAUCAGAUGGGCCUGCUACGCGGAGACUAUGCAAUGGCCAAGGACAACAUGGAAAGAUUUUUCGACUUUUACGCCCCAGGUGCUGAUCGCGAGCUUCAUCAACACACGCUGCUGCACCUCGCCGCUUUUCAUGUCAGGACCGAGAGCUUCGGCGCCGCUAGAGCCGCCCUGAAUGAGGCUGUCAGCCUUGCGCGAUCCGCCAACGACAACGAGUGCAUCUCUGCUUGCGAGAGCCUCAUGCUACGAAUCCAAGGUGUCGGAACCAGCACCCUCGCCGCAUUUCCAGCAUCGGCCACUGUCUCGACCAGUGAACGACACAAUAUUUCUGUCAACGAUGCGGUUUGGCGAGCAGGCUGCGAUCUGUCUCGAGGUCGCUCGGCGGUCGAGACGCUUCAAGACUUGGAGGAUUCUGCCGCUCCUGCUCAGCCUUCUAAAGAUGGUCUGGCAGCCGCCGAGGCCUCCUUGCAGCUCGUACAAGAUGCCAAACGCCGUGUGGGCAGAGACUCGCUCCGUUAUGUUAUCGAGGUCGCGCACCUCUGGGAUGUGUUGGGCCAGUCAGCCGUCGCCGAUAUUUAUCAGAAUCGGAUCGGGAAGGACGGGGACAAAAUAGCACGAUCAGCCCUGCAAGAAGAGAGCCGGAUCGCCGGAAUCUGUCACAAGGCAAAAAGGCUUGCACGUGCAGGACGAUACGAUGCGGCGCUGAGCCUGCUGGUCUCGCCUGCGACCUUCAAGGCGAUUUCGUUUGACGACUACACCAAAUGGCAUAGGUCACUUGCCGGAAUCUUACGAUUGCGAGCAACGCGUCGACAGGACGAAGCGGUCUUGGAGCUCUUGGCAGAAAGCCUGCCAGACACCGCAUCCAUCCAUGACGACUGCGACGUUGAAGACGCUGUCGACUCGCCAAGCGCGUUGGUCGAGCUCGCAUUGCGUUUCCUCGAAUCAGGCAAGUCGAGCUCGGCGGAACAGAAGUUCUCAUUCCGUUUCAAGGCUUUCAGUCGACUUACUGCUGAACAAGCCGCGGAGUCGCUCUUGAGCAAAGCUGCAAGACGGGCGCAAGGCACUGAACCAGUGCUGGCGCUCAUGCCGACGCUGGCGGCUCUCUCGAUCGCAAAAGAAAUGGACUGCACUCGAUUGAUCCUCUGCGCGAGAGUGCAGCUCGCCGAAACAUUGGGACUUCAUCUGAAUAUGUCAGAUGGGGCGCGGCUGCUCAUGGAACCCGAUCUGCCCAACUGCUUGUCGAAUGGGGACAUCGAGCUGCGAGCGCGGGCCCAGUGGACGUAUGCGCGCAUGUUGCUGUCGUGCUCGGAUGAAAAAGAGCCUAGGGAUCUGACGAGGGUAUUGCACUGGCUGCAACGAGCUGAACGAGACGCGGACCAGGCCGAAUGUCUCGGCUUGCAAACGCAGAUUCUCUACUACAUGGUACGGCUGCACCAUCAUCUGGGAAACGGUGAUGAUACAGUUGCCGUGACUUCGCGUCUAAACCAGGUAGAGCGUAGAUGGACUCGCUCGGACAAGUCGCAUGAUGAGGCCCACCUCGAACAAGUUGGCCAGAUUCUUGAUGUUGUUAUCUCUGUGGCCGGCUACGUGGCGAGCGGGGAGGCUGCGAGCGAGCGUCCAGUAGCUGUCUAG